AAAGAGCAAAGUUUCACCCCUUAACGUGUUUUUCGUUUUUUUCAUUUUUGGAUGAACUAGUAAUCUAUACGAUGCACGUUGGCUGAAACUCUUGUACAAUGACCUUUUUAUUGCUCUUAUUCCUGUGUACGCCGGCUUUAUCAUGCAAUAUGUCGGUGGUGGCCAUUACUCCGUUUCGGUCGCCAAUUUAUUCCGAUCAUCAUAUCGUUGGCCCAGCUAUCAAUAUCGCUCUACAGAAACUACAGGAUAAGGUAUUGCCUGGUUGCAGCAUUCGGACAUAUGUUCCCAAAGAACCUUGGCAAGUCAAUUGUGACGAAAUUGAGGACGCUGCCGCGGACUACAUUUCCCACAUUUACUAUGCUAAUCUCAACGGAACGCAUCCAUUGGCUGUGGUGUUUGGGCCUACCUGCACGUUUGGCAUUCGCAUUGUGGCUGACGUACUGAAAAACUGGAACAUGUUACUUAUCGACGGCACUGGCAUCGCAACAUUCCUUACCGACCGCGUCCGCUUUCCCAACAUCCUCGGCUUCUCCUACACUCAGUCUCGUGCUGGUACAUUCUUGUACCAAGUGCUUAAACUAUUCAACUGGACGGAUGUUACUGGAAUCUACGACGUGGAUGACGCCGUAUGGAGGGCCAUGUUUACGUUAACCGAGUACUUGACGGGCAAGACGGAUGUCCGAUUUGAAGCACGACCGUACUUCUUAACCAAAAACAAGAAUAACGCGUACGCGGAUAUUCUGCGCGCCGUGCAAGAAGCUCAUCGAAGGUCACGAAUUAUUUUUAUUUUGGGCGACCCAAAGACAAUCCGGCUGGUGAUGUUGGCUGCUUUCUCGUUGGGAUACACAAAGGGUGAUCAUAUUUUCAUUGCCGGAGCUUAUUUCAAAACUAAGAAUUACUUUGGCACACCGAAGUGGGAUAUGGGAUUAGAAAGUGACAAUGAUACGCGAGAGGCAUUUCGCAGCCUUUUCCUGAUUAAACAACGCAUACCGUCUUCCCCGGAAUUCCGAGAGUUUAAUCAAACGGUGCAAGAAAUGGCUAUCCGCGAUUACAACCAAUCGAUAGCACCAUAUGACGAGGUGAACAUUCACGCUAUUGGCUUCCAUGACGCGAUCUUGACGUUCGGCCAAGUGGCCAAUGAAACGCUGGCGGCUGGCGAAGAUAGUUUUGAUGGCCGCAAAAUGGCGAAACGGUUCACCAACCGUACGUUUUACGGAAUACGAGGGGAAAUCACACUGGAUGCGCAAAACAACCUUGUUGGCAAUUUUGAACUGCACCAUUUCCGCUACAAUGCCGGCAUUUUUGUGAAGGUAAUUGAUUUUCCUGAGACGGCUACGGUGGCGCAGACUAUCACGGAUAUUGAGUGGCCGUAUUCAGACGGACCUCCACCCAAUGAACCAUUCUGCGGGUUUGCCGGAAAUAAUCCUAAAUGCGACCCGGCUCAAAGUUUGACUUUGUACAUUGCUGUUGGAUCUGCCGCCGCGGGCAUAUUAAUCCUGGUUGCAGCGACAGCUGGCACUAUCAUGCUUAUCAGGCGCCGAACAGCCGAUACUGAAUGGUGGAAGAUCGCACCUGACCAGUUCCAGGAUCCGGAACAAACAGGAGAACAAGCCAUGAUACAAUCCAAUCCGGUAACGAUGCAGCACUUUCUCCCAGCAAAACUGUCUGAUCGAACGCUUUCGGAAUUGAAACGUCUACGAACGACAAAAUCUGAUAAGUUGGUGAGAAUAUUCGGCAUUUUGCUGAAAGAAGACCGUGGAAUCGUCUUAUACGAGGCAUGUCCAAAAGGUUCGAUUUAUCAAGCGACACGCAGCGGCGAUAUGUUUAUGCAGGAUACAUCAUUCCGAUUGUCCAUGCUCAGUGACAUUAUCGAGGGAUUAAAUUUUAUUCACAAUUCGUGGAUCUAUUGUCAUGGACGGCUGCGCAGUUCCAAAUGUCUAAUCAACUCGCGGUUUAUGGUAAAAAUCACCGAUUAUGCAUUACAAGAUUUAAAUGUGGAAGACCAUUUAGCGACGGGAGAUCAAAAGUGGAUGGCGCCGGAAUUGCUGCGCACGGCUAAUUUUGCAUCGGCCAGCGGGAAGCGGCGAGCGGAUGUGUUUAGCUUCUCUAUAAUUUUAAGCGAAGUCUGCCUCCUCGGUGACCCUUACAACAAUGCUCAAGAUUACGACAAAUACACUGAAAUCAUAGAUACUUUAAAAGAAGGAAAGCCACCAGUAAAGCGCCCCAACUUGGAGAAAAUCUCCAUGGACCCGGUAAAAGCUGAAGGACUUCGUAAUUUAGCGGAAGCAUGCUGGAAAGAGAAUCCAACGGAGCGGCCUACCAUGGCCGAAGUGGACAAGAUGUUUCAGCGAAUGCGCGGAAAGAAUGCCGGCACAAUGAUGGAUGACCUUAUGAAGCGUAUGCAAUCCUAUGCUGAUGAGCUGGAGCACACGGUUGCCGGUCGGACCGCGGAAUUACUGGAAGAAAAAGGAAAAAUUCAGAAACUGCUGUUCGAAAUUCUUCCCAGGCCGGUGGCGUUGGAUCUGAUAGCUGGAAAAACUAUACAACCGGAACAGUUUGAGUCGGUGACCAUUUUAUUUAACGCCGUGGAAGGAUUCUCACAGAUUGCAUCCACAUGCUCACCCAUACAGCUGAUUGCCAUCAUGCAUUCACUGUAUCUGGCCAUCGAUAAUGAGAUAUCCGCCUUCGAUGUGUACAAAGUGGAAACGACAAAUGACGUUUAUUUGAUAGCAAGCGGUCUACCAAAACGCAACGGGACGAAGCACGUAACGGAAAUAGCAGCCUGUGCGCUGUCUUUAGGGAAUGCUGCUCGAAAGGUCAACAGACAAUCCAGUGAGCUGCAGCUCAAAUUUGUGACCGGAUUUCACACCGGACCAAUUGUGACGGCCGUUGCGGGCGAUCGUUUGCCAAGAUACUGUUUAUUCGGUGACACAAUUAACACAGCCAGCCGGAUGGAAUCAACUUCUGAAGGUGACAGGAUUCAAGCUAGUUCUUUCUCCGUGGCGCUCAUUCCGGAAACGUCUGACCUCUUGUUUUUACCACGGGGAGAAAUUUUUGUGAAGGGAAAGGGCAACAUGUUGACGUUUUGGCUUGUCGGCUUUAAGUCCAAACUGGAUACGAGCAGACUGCAUUUGACGGAAGAGUCCGCUGCAUGCUGAGCAGCGAAUACUGUACGUACCGACUCCGUUCUUCUGCUCCCGGGCAACAAAUUACUGGACACCAUUAGCCACAUGCAUUAUUUACUUUCGGUGAAAUAAAUGCUCAGAAGCAAGAUUAGUUUUGAUUAUUUUAACCCUGUCGCUGCAAUCAACAGAUCACACGUUUUCUUAGUAAAUCGCACAGCUCUUGUUUACUGUAAAUGGAUGUUUUUAUCAACAAAUACGAGAACGAAAAAAGAAAAUACGA